AUGUUUGAAACAUUCACCAUUAGAACAAAGCCAAAUGAGACAAGCCCUUUUAAAAGCGACUCAAAGUUUUCUCUCAUGAAGAUGCUUUCUCUGGACCCCCUGCGCUCUCUCAACGCCGACGAGUUUGCAGCCUGGGUGCUCCUCACUCUCUUCAUAUGCUUUGUCUACUACAUGUACUCGCUUCUGAAGGCCUCUAUUAUGAAAAAGAUAUUUGCGCGAUCGGCAGGCAGCCACGAAGUGUACAGCUCCAGAAGCUCUCUGGGCAAAGAAGAGUCCGAGAAAGCUGGGACGCUGUAG